UAUCGCGGCUCCAUCGGCCUGGAGCACAGCGACGGCGUGCGAGAGCCUUCGGUGGAUGAGGACAGACUGGUGGGGAAAGCAGGCGAGGACGAGGGACGUCAUCUCGCGCUAUUUCAACGCUGCUGUGGUAGUAUCGUAGUGGCACUGCUCGUGUCCACGGCCACCGUGUCGGCUCCGUAUCGCGGCUCCAUCGGCCUGGAGCACAGCGACGGCGUGCGAGAGCCUUCGGUGGAUGAGGACAGACCGGUGGGGAAAGCAGGCGAGGACGAGGGACGUCAUCUCGCGCUAUUUCAACGCUGCUGUGGUAGUAUCGUAGUGGCACUGCUCGUGUCCACGGCCACCGUGUCGGCUCCGUAUCGCGGCUCCAUCGGCCUGGAGCACAGCGACGGCGUGCGAGAGCCUUCGGUGGAUGAGGACAGACCGGUGGGGAAAGCAGGCGAGGACAAGGGACGUCAUCUCGCGCUAUUUCAACGCUGCUGGGGUAGUAUCGUGGUGGCACUGCUCGUGUCCACGGCCACCGAGCCGGCUCCGUAUCGCGGCUCCAUCGGCCUGGAGCACAGCGACGGCGUGCGAGAGCCUUCGGUGGAUGAGGACAGACUGGUGGGGAAAGCAGGCGAGGACGAGGGACGUCAUCUCGCGCUAUUUCAACGCUGCUGUGGUAGUAUCGUAGUGGCACUGCUCGUGUCCACGGCCACCGUGUCGGCUCCGUAUCGCGGCUCCAUCGGCCUGGAGCACAGCGACGGCGUGCGAGAGCCUUCGGUGGAUGAGGACAGACCGGUGGGGAAAGCAGGCGAGGACGAGGGACGUCAUCUCGCGCUAUUUCAACGCUGCUGUGGUAGUAUCGUGGUGGCACUGCUCGUGUCCACGGCCACCGUGUCGGCUCCGUAUCGCGGCUCCAUCGGCCUGGAGCACAGCGACGGCGUGCGAGAGCCUUCGGUGGAUGAGGACAGACCGGUGGGGAAAGCAGGCGAGGACGAGGGACGUCAUCUCGCGCUAUUUCAACGCUGCUGUGGUAGUAUCGUAGUGGCACUGCUCGUGUCCACGGCCACCGUGUCGGCUCCGUAUCGCGGCUCCAUCGGCCUGGAGCACAGCGACGGCGUGCGAGAGCCUUCGGUGGAUGAGGACAGACCGGUGGGGAAAGCAGGCGAGGACGAGGGACGUCAUCUCGCGCUAUUUCAACGCUGCUGUGGUAGUAUCGUGGUGGCACUGCUCGUGUCCACGGCCACCGAGCCGGCUCCGUAUCGCGGCUCCAUCGGCCUGGAGCACAGCGACGGCGUGCGAGAGCCUUCGGUGGAUGAGGACAGACCGGUGGGGAAAGCAGGCGAGGACGAGGGACGUCAUCUCGCGCUAUUUCAACGCUGCUGUGGUAGUAUCGUGGUGGCACUGCUCGUGUCCACGGCCAUCGAGCCGGCUCCGUAUCGCGGCUCCAUCGGCCUGGAGCACAGCGACGGCGUGCGAGAGCCUUCGGUGGAUGAGGACAGACCGGUGGGGAAAGCAGGCGAGGACGAGGGACGUCAUCUCGCGCUAUUUCAACGCUGCUGUGGUAGUAUCGUGGUGGCACUGCUCGUGUCCACGGCCACCGUGUCGGCUCCGUAUCGCGGCUCCAUCGGCCUGGAGCACAGCGACGGCGUGCGAGAGCCUUCGGUGGAUGAGGACAGACCGGUGGGGAAAGCAGGCGAGGACGAGGGACGUCAUCUCGCGCUAUUUCAACGCUUCUGUGGUAGUAUCGUGGUGGCACUGCUCGUGUCCACGGCCACCGUGUCGGCUCCGUAUCGCGGCUCCAUCGGCCUGGAGCACAGCGACGGCGUGCGAGAGCCUUCGGUGGAUGAGGACAGACCGGUGGGGAAAGCAGGCGAGGACGAGGGACGUCAUCUCGCGCUAUUUCAACGCUUCUGUGGUAGUAUCGUGGUGGCACUGCUCGUGUCCACGGCCACCGUGUCGGCUCCGUAUCGCGGCUCCAUCGGCCUGGAGCACAGCGACGGCGUGCGAGAGCCUUCGGUGGAUGAGGACAGACCGGUGGGGAAAGCAGGCGAGGACGAGGGACGUCAUCUCGCGCUAUUUCAACGCUGCUGUGGUAGUAUCGUAGUGGCACUGCUCGUGUCCACGGCCACCGUGUCGGCUCCGUAUCGCGGCUCCAUCGGCCUGGAGCACAGCGACGGCGUGCGAGAGCCUUCGGUGGAUGAGGACAGACCGGUGGGGAAAGCAGGCGAGGACGAGGGACGUCAUCUCGCGCUAUUUCAACGCUGCUGUGGUAGUAUCGUAGUGGCACUGGUCGUGUCCACGGCCACCGAGCCGGCUCCGCACGGAGGCCGAGGCGAGUGGCAAUGCCAUUCUGUACGAGCCGGCGUUGCCGACAACCUACCGACGCAGUAUCGCGGCUCCAUCGGCCUGGAGCACAGCGACGGCGUGCGAGAGCCUUCGGUGGAUGAGGACAGACCGGUGGGGAAAGCAGGCGAGGACGAGGGACGUCAUCUCGCGCUAUUUCAACGCUGCUGUGGUAGUAUCGUAGUGGCACUGCUCGUGUCCACGGCCACCGAGCCGGCUCCGCCACGUCGAGAAGUAGCGUGGAGUGGGCCGAGCGUCGCGUUUGAUGGCAGCACGGAGGCCGAGGCGAGUGGCGAUGUCAUUCUGCACUAUCGCGGCUCCAUCGGCCUGGAGCACAGCGACGGCGUGCGAGAGCCUUCGGUGGAUGAGGACAGACCGGUGGGGAAAGCAGGCGAGGACGAGGGACGUCAUCUCGCGCUAUUUCAACGCUGCUGGGGUAGUAUCGUGGUGGCACUGCUCGUGUCCACGGCCACCGAGCCGGCUCCGCACGGAGGCCGAGGCGAGUGGCAAUGCCAUUCUGUACGAGCCGGCGUUGCCGACAACCUACCGACGCAGUAUCGCGGCUCCAUCGGCCUGGAGCACAGCGACGGCGUGCGAGAGCCUUCGGUGGAUGAGGACAGACCGGUGGGGAAAGCAGGCGAGGACGAGGGACGUCAUCUCGCGCUAUUUCAACGCUGCUGUGGUAGUAUCGUAGUGGCACUGCUCGUGUCCACGGCCACCGAGCCGGCUCCGGUCGGUCGUUGGGGGCGCAGUGAUGUGAACAAGAAGCGCUUUCCACGUCGAGAAGUAGCGUGGAGUAGGCCGAGCGUCGCGUUUGAUGGCAGCACGGAGGCCGAGGCGAGUGGCGAUGUCAUUCUGCACUAUCGCGGCUCCAUCGGCCUGGAGCACAGCGACGGCGUGCGAGAGCCUUCGGUGGAUGAGGACAGACCGGUGGGGAAAGCAGGCGAGGACGAGGGACGUCAUCUCGCGCUAUUUCAACGCUGCUGUGGUAGUAUCGUAGUGGCACUGCUCGUGUCCACGGCCACCGAGCCGGCUCCGGUCGGUCGUCGGGGGCGCAGUGAUGUGAACAAGAAGCGCUUUCCACGUCGAGAAGUAGCGUGGAGUGGGCCGAGCGUCGCGUUUGAUGGCAGCACGGAGGCCGAGGCGAGUGGCGAUGUCAUUCUGCACUAUCGCGGCUCCGUCGGCCUGGAGCACAGCGACGGCGUGCGAGAGCCUUCGGUGGAUGAGGACAGACCGGUGGGGAAAGCAGGCGAGGACGAGGGACGUCAUCUCGCGCUAUUUCAACGCUGCUGGGGUAGUAUCGUGGUGGCACUGCUCGUGUCCACGGCCACCGAGCCGGCUCCGCACGGAGGCCGAGGCGAGUGGCAAUGCCAUUCUGUACGAGCCGGCGUUGCCGACAACCUACCGACGCAGUAUCGCGGCUCCAUCGGCCUGGAGCACAGCGACGGCGUGCGAGAGCCUUCGGUGGAUGAGGACAGACCGGUGGGGAAAGCAGGCGAGGACGAGGGACGUCAUCUCGCGCUAUUUCAACGCUGCUGUGGUAGUAUCGUAGUGGCACUGCUCGUGUCCACGGCCACCGAGCCGGCUCCGGUCGGUCGUUGGGGGCGCAGUGAUGUGAACAAGAAGCGCUUUCCACGUCGAGAAGUAGCGUGGAGUAGGCCGAGCGUCGCGUUUGAUGGCAGCACGGAGGCCGAGGCGAGUGGCGAUGUCAUUCUGCACUAUCGCGGCUCCAUCGGCCUGGAGCACAGCGACGGCGUGCGAGAGCCUUCGGUGGAUGAGGACAGACCGGUGGGGAAAGCAGGCGAGGACGAGGGACGUCAUCUCGCGCUAUUUCAACGCUGCUGUGGUAGUAUCGUAGUGGCACUGCUCGUGUCCACGGCCACCGAGCCGGCUCCGGUCGGUCGUCGGGGGCGCAGUGAUGUGAACAAGAAGCGCUUUCCACGUCGAGAAGUAGCGUGGAGUAGGCCGAGCGUCGCGUUUGAUGGCAGCACGGAGGCCGAGGCGAGUGGCGAUGUCAUUCUGCACUAUCGCGGCUCCAUCGGCCUGGAGCACAGCGACGGCGUGCGAGAGCCUUCGGUGGAUGAGGACAGACCGGUGGGGAAAGCAGGCGAGGACGAGGGACGUCAUCUCGCGCUAUUUCAACGCUGCUGUGGUAGUAUCGUGGUGGCACUGCUCGUGUCCACGGCCACCGAGCCGGCUCCGCACGGAGGCCGAGGCGAGUGGCGAUGCCAGUCUGUACGUGCCGGCGUUGCCGUCAACCGACUGACGCAAUACCGCGGCUCCAUCGGCCUGGAGCACAGUGACGGCGUGCGAGAGCCUUACGAGGUUAUACGGGGGAUUCGCUAUACAGCGGACGGCGAACUCAAGGUCUUGAUGAACUGGCCCAAUACACUGGAGCCACUUUCGAACUUGGUACCUGCGGACCGAGAGCAGAUUGAGCGUGCUAACGGUAAUGCAGGCAACUAA